AUGCCUCCUAUUAUUAAGGACGACGACGAGGGUCUAUUGGACAGAGAAGGAAUGGAUUCGGAGCUUUCAGAUGUUCUGAGCUUGCCGGAUGAUAUUGAAGAGGUUGAAGACAUUGAAGGAGAGCUUGAGGAAGGUGAAUUUGAAGAAGAAGAGGACUUUGACGAAGAAGGAGGAGAAGUCGAAGAAGGAGUAGAAGGAGAUGAAGGCGAAGAAGGAGAAGAAGACGAAGAGGAGGACGAGGAGGAAGAAGAAGACGAGGAAGAAGAGGAGGAAGAGGAAGAGGAAGAGGAUAUUCCUUCAGUUAGUGAUGAAGAGGAGAACUACAAGCUCGAAGAUCCCGACGAAAUAGAUGAAGAUUUGGAAUUGAUCGAUGACGAAGAAGAAGAUGAAGCUUCUACCCCUGUGCCACCACCACCAGCCAAGACAUUUACGAAACCCGCCAGUGCCGCUCGUGCUUCAGCUCCCGUGAUUCCACAGAAGAGUGUAAGAGAGUCUAGGAAACGUAACUUGACGUAUUAUGAGGAGGAUGAAGACGAUGACGAUGAUGACGCUGAAGAAGACGAAGUCGAGGUACAGCCUAAAAGAGGGAAGAAAGUAUCUGCACCUCGAAUUGCUGCUAGACCUGCACCAGAAGAGUUGGACGAAGAUUUGAUUCUCACCGAUGAAGAGACCGAAUACAAUCCACAUGCACACCCAGAUGUAACCAAGAUGACAGAAAGGCAAAGAGCAAGGUACCAGGAAACCUAUGAAGACAGUGCAGAUGAUUACAUGACGUUGGAUGCACUUGAAGCGCAAAAGAGGGGCCCCUCUACCAAGAAGAAGGAAACCGAACAAGAAGCAGCUUUGAGAAAGGCUGAAAACAACCGUAGGAGAUUAGAUUAUAAAAACAAGCAAUUGGAAGAAGAAAAGAGGGAUACGUUAAAUAAAUUGCUCAAAAGAAGAGCCAAUAAGACUAGAGAGGUUCAGAAAGGAGACGUAAAUGAUGAUGGAAAUGAGGAUGAGAAUUCGAAAACAUUACUGAAGCCCAGGAGGCCCGAAUUUCGCCAUCCUGCGUUAUUCAGAUGGGUUAGUAGUGUGAACAAUGAGGGAGUAAGUUCCGUGCUUGGAAUUCCGUGA